AAUCACGCUGCAGAGCAGCACGUGUGCUGCGCUCGUGCGGAUCGUGCGGAGCCACCCCCAUGGUGCGUUUACCUGCGUGCUCGCGAUACGUUCUUCAAUAAUUUAGCGACGAUCGAACCGAUCGAAGAUACGUGUACAGUGAAUGGGACACGUUUUUAUUUGCGUACAGGAAUGUUUACGUUGCCGAUUGUUUGUUAAGUUUAUUACCAGCUUUCCCGACCGAUCGACACGUGACUAAGUUUGAGAGUGCCCGAGAGUGACUGCAGCAACACGCUGGUGCGUUUGCUCGUGAAAAUUGUGAAGAACGAUUGUGAUCUGCGGUGCUGCCAGCACCGGAAGCCGAUCCGGGAAACGGCUGCCGACGGCUGCUUUUGUGACCGGAAGUGCCUAAAAGCCCGAAGAUUCUGCCGUCGCAGCAACUGGGCGCUGCGGUCGCUCCAUGGCCGGGCGCCACCGGCCUCCUAGCAUCUGUCACCGCUGACGAUAUGGCACACAAAGGUCACAGUGGGGUGAAUCAACUUGGGGGUGUGUUCGUCGGCGGUAGACCGCUUCCAGACUCAACGAGGCAAAAGAUCGUCGAGCUAGCGCAUUCUGGCGCUCGACCAUGCGACAUUUCUAGGAUCCUGCAGGUCAGCAAUGGUUGCGUCUCGAAGAUUCUCGGAAGCAGGUACUAUGAGACCGGUUCUAUCAGACCCAGAGCAAUCGGUGGCAGUAAACCGCGUGUAGCGACGGCGGAAGUUGUGAAUAAAAUUUCUCUCUACAAAAGCGAGUGUCCCUCCAUUUUUGCAUGGGAAAUCAGGGAUCGUUUGCUUCAAGAAGGUGUCUGCACGAACGACAACAUUCCUAGUGUGUCGUCCAUCAAUAGGGUACUGAGAAAUUUAGCGGCACAGAAAGAACAACGGCAACAGCAGCAACAGCAACAACAAGGGGUAGCUGCAGUUGGCGUUGGAGUAGGUGCCGGGAGUCCGGCAGAGAGCGUUUAUGACAAGCUUAGGCUACUUAACGGGCAGACAACCGGAUGGCCCAGGCCGAAUCCAUGGUAUCCAUCGGGAGCUGGCAGUCCAUUUCCAUCCUUGCAACCUAGUUUAAGUCCGAGCCAUUGUACAGCCCUGCCACCUGAUCCUGCGGAUAUUCUGCAUGCGAAGAAAGUGGCGGAGCUAGAAGGUGGAGCCCACUCGGACGAGACCAAUAGCGGCGGCGACAACAGCAACGCCGGAAGUGUGUCUGGUGGCACGGACGACGAUCAGGCGCGUCUCCGUUUAAAAAGGAAGCUUCAAAGGAAUCGUACGAGUUUCAGUAACGAACAGAUCGACGCACUUGAGAAGGAAUUCGAGAGAACCCAUUAUCCGGACGUUUUCGCCAGGGAGAGACUGGCCGGGAAAAUCGGUCUACCAGAAGCUCGAAUACAGGUGUGGUUUUCGAAUCGGCGAGCGAAGUGGCGGCGCGAAGAGAAAUUGCGCACGCAACGGAGGGACAACCCACAACACCAGCAGCAACAGCAGCAGCAGCAACAACAACAGCAACAGCAGUCGCAACAGCAACAACACACCGGCGGGGUGAGUUUGGUCGGUGCUGGUCAUCCGACACCGCCACCGGCUUCGGGUAUUUUGGCUGGUCAACCACCGCCGCAAGCACCGCCCUCUCCACCUAGGAUACAUCAUGGUUUUGCACCCACUGCCGUUUAUCCUGGGAUACCCAGCAUGCCUGACUCGUAUAGUCCCAUGACAUCUAUGCCCAGCUUUACAAUGUCCAGCGGUAGCCAACAGAACCAACACACGACCAGUAGCAUGUCGUCGCUAUCAACCGGUGGUGGAAUGGGUCCUAUGGGCAUGACCGUAGGCAUGACGGUGGGUCCCAGUCCUGGAGCGUGUCUUCAACAACGGGACAACGGUUACUCGUGUGGAGUUGCUCGUCCUCCGAGUUACGAACCUCUUCAUCUUGGAUACGGAGCACGACCCACGUGCAGCCCGACCCAGCCAUACCAUGCAGCGGGCCUGAAUCAGUACAAUCAGAACACCAGCUCGACCGGUUUGAUAUCGCCAGGCGUUAGCGUUCCAAUCGCAGUACCAGGACAACCAGCACCUGACAUGGCGGCCCAAUAUUGGUCCCCGAGAUUACAGUGACCGUGGUGGUCAUCGGUAUCGACAUCCUCUCCAUAGACUUGAGCUUCUUUCA